CAAACCUGCGUCCAGGGGCUGAACAGAAAGUGGUGUUCAUCACUGCACGUGUCCACCCUGGGGAAACACCAUCUUCCUUCGUGUGCCAAGGUAUAAUUGAUUUCCUUGUGAGCCAGCAUCCUAUCGCGAAAGUACUGAGAGACCACCUGGUCUUCAAGAUUGCACCCAUGCUCAAUCCUGAUGGAGUAUACCUAGGAAAUUACAGGUGCUCCCUGAUGGGGUUUGAUUUAAACCGGCACUGGGCAAAUCCAUCUCCCUGGGCUCAUCCCACACUGCACGGAGUGAAACGGCUCAUCAUAGAGAUGUACAACAAUCCGAAGAUUAACCUGGAGUUCUAUAUUGACAUCCAUGCCCAUUCCACCAUGAUGAAUGGCUUCAUGUAUGGGAACAUCUUUGAAGACGAGGAAAGAUUUCAGCGACAGGCUGUUUUUCCCAAGCUGCUCUGCCAGAAUGCUGAAGACUUCUCUUAC